GCGAGCGCGCCACUUCGUGCUGGGACGCCGGCUUGAGUGCAUUGUCUCUACCCACAUCGGGAUUUUAUUUUACCUAAUGUUUUUUUCUUUUCUUCUUUACGUUCAAAACAAAAUAACGUUUUUUUUAUAGAUCUAUCAAGUUAACGUAAUUAUUUAUAAAAUCAUGUCGGUUGUAUACAAAAAUACAAUUAAAGCUAUUGGAAAAUGUGUGCCUGACAAAUUUCAACCAUUUUGGAAUCAUCCAGCCGGACCACAGACCAUAUUUUUCUGGGCACCGGCAGUUAAAUGGGGACUAGUGAUAGCAGGUUUAGGAGACUUGCAAAGGCCAGCCGAUAAAAUCUCCAUUGGGCAGUCUGCCUCAUUGGCCCUUACUGGAGCCAUUUGGACGAGAUAUUCUUUGGCUAUCAUACCAAAAAAUUGGAGUCUAUUCAGCGUUAAUCUUUUUGUUGCGUGUACAGCACUUUAUCAAAUUACCAGAGCGGUAAAAUAUCAACGAGAAAAAGAAACUUUAGCUAACCAAUCAUCAAAAAGCAGCUAGUUAAAACUUAUCCUAUUACUGCAUUCCUAGAAGAUAAUAUGAAGAGCGUUGGAUGACAACGAUUAUCAAGAUUAUAAGUUAAACGAAGGGGAUUAUAAUUUAUCAUUUAUCAUAACGUACAAAUAACACUUUGUUGUAUAAAUUAAUAUUCAUACGAUGAUAUUGUAAAAUCGUAUUAACAAAUUCGUAUGAAUAAUUAGGAUGAUGAUAAUUUCAAUUUUAUUACGUUCAAUGCUUUCGUUAAUCAAUGAAUGCAUAUACGUAAAAGACUUGCGACGAUUUAUCGAUAAUUAAUUAGCCAAUAUAUGCAUACAUAUUAUACCUUAAUGCGUGCAGUGCAUGCGAAUGAAUGGUACAAAUCGGACCAUGUUAGACUUAUCGACGCGUCGACCACUAUAGCUAAUAGUAACAUAAAUUAUAUAAUACGAGAAUAAAUAUAUUUACGUUUCUAAACAACAGGGAUGAAUGUAUAUGAAAAAAAAAAUGAAAAAAAAUUCAGAACAAAUGUCACAUUAAUUCGAUAACCGAUCGUAUCCGAUAUUGGGAAUGAUUACAAAUAGCAUAAGUACAAACGGGAACUUGAUGAACUAGUCAUUUCAUUUGUUCAUCAUGUUUAAUCUCUAUAUUAUUAUACAUCUAUAUAUUAUAUAUUACAUAGAUCUUCAUUCCCGAUAUUAUUGAUAAUCUCGUUCGUCUUCUUAUUAUAUAUAUAUACAUACAUAUAUAUAUAUAUAUAUUUAUCUUUCACAAACUUUUUCUCUACCUCCAAAACUUGUAAUCUAAGAAUUUGAAUUACGACACGAAUAUUGUAACAUCAUUAUCAUCAAAAUAUAACGUCGAUAAUAAUUCGACAUUUUGUAUCAAUGUACAGAAAAUUAUAUACCUAUCGACAAUUGUUGUAAUUGAUUUGAAGAUUGUUGAAAUAAAGUAUGGAUAAGAAGAUA